UCCGAAAACAUCAUAGUUCAAAGUUCACAGACAAGAAAGAUGGCAGCUUCCAGGGGAGCUGUGGUGCUAAAAGCGGUUAAGAAAAUAGUUGUGCAGUUCUGCCCAUUUGAAUCCAAUGUUUGUUCGACACGAGACUUUCUCAUUUUUGUUGGAUCUGAAAAGGCUAGAGCUACGAAUAUGAACUGUGAUAUCAUAACAGAAGUGAAACAUGACCAGUCAGAGCCUGUGAUUGAUGUCACAUUCAUUGAUGGAGAAAGAUUAGUGAUGAAAGGAUCCAAACUGACAAGCCAAGAGAUGCUUGCUGCCUUACAGACACGAUGCAGGGCAAAGGAUCCCCAGUCUAAGAAAUAAAUAUGCUUUAUAUUUUGUAAAAAAAAAAAAAAAAAAAAUCAUUAAAUGCAAUGACUGUGUCUGAAGUUGUUUGUAUUAUGUAAGAUUAAAAGAAUAAAUAAUGAAACAAACAUUU